UAAAAUACAUACAUACUCUACAUUUAAUCAUGAGAGAAGAUUUUGGCUUACGUAAAGCAAACUUGACUUUACAUAAUGUUGUUUCUGAUGUGGUUCCGAGACCCAAACUGCAACUAGCACUGUCUGUGAAAGUGGAAACGUCACAUUUGUGCUGCGUGUAUAACAUGCCAGAAGCAGCUCUGGUGUAAUUCAGUACAUUAUGGCCUUUUCUAACAUCUCCACUGACUCGUUAAAGAAAAAGAUCGACGAGGUUCGAAGUUUUCUGUCCGUGUCAUUGCGCAUCGCGAACGCGCACACUGUAGACUUCUACACGCGCGAUGUUUGGCGCGCGUUCAUGGCUGUGGAUCCUGAGGAGGUUUUAACCGCGGUUAAUUCCGAUCGUGACCGCACGGUGGCGCCAGAAGUGAACACUAGUUUCGGGUUCUGCGAUGUCAGUAAGAAGUUGGUGGAUGUGUCGGCUCUGCUGAGGGCUGCUGAAGCACACUCUCUGCCUGGCCUGGGAGUCUGUGUGCAGCGGCAGACACUCAUAGGCACGCUGAGACUGAUGGGUGGAGACACCCAAGAUGGGACGUCAGGUGGACCUCUCCUACCUGAUGAGUUCAUGAACUCUAAGAAGGCUCAUGAGGUGCCAGCUAUGGCUGAAGUGGUGGCUGCUUUAUCUAGAUACUGCAGAGUCAAACAGGUUAUAGACGUGGGCUCAGGUAAAGGUUACCUGUGCUCUUUCCUCUCCAUGCAGUACAGCCUGCAGGUGUUUGGCAUCGACUGUUCCAGCACAAACACGCGUGGUGCUCAGGAGAGGAACAGGAAACUGAAGAAGUUUUCCAGAGCCUACCAAAAGCAUGGACAAUUCCGGAAUAACCAGGAAGUUCCAAAUAAAGACAUGAGAGACAGACAAGAAAAUGAUGAUGAACAGGAAGAGAGAAUGCAAGGCCAUCAUAGACCCAGACUUUAUCAUGAGCCGGAAGAUGAGCAAUAUGGUGCAGAAGAGAAGAGAGAAAUCAAAAAGCAUGCCAGAAAUAAUCACAUGGCUGAAGCUCAGUCCUCUUCUUCAUCAGAUCUGGACAAGGAUGCUCUCUCAGCCUUGAGUGGCUCCAGAGAAUCAGAACCAACAAACGCUGAUAUAGAGAACCCCUUUUUCACAGCGUUAGCACCUGAUAUAGUGGAGCAAGCCUCCCCUAGGGUUCCCCCCAGCCAGCUGAGCACAGAGGAGAGAGAGAGGAGGAAGAGAGAGAACCUCGAGAGGAAGGCACGGGAUGGAAAAGGCAACAGUGACACCAAAAAUCUGUACUCACCUCUGACGUCUUAUGUUACAGCUGAAACAGAGCUCAGGACACUUAUUAGAGAGCUGGAGGAUGCAGUCAUGGUGGGCUUGCAUACGUGUGGAGAUCUGGCUCCCAGCACACUGCGCAUGUUCGAGGCCAAACAGGAGCUUCAGGCCGUGUGCAGCGUGGGUUGUUGCUACCACCUCCUCUCUGAGGAGUUUGAUGAAGAUGCACAGGAGUGUGAGAGUGGUGUGUAUGGGUUUCCCAUGAGUCAAUAUCUACGGGACCAGGCGUGCUUCUGUGGGCGGAAUGCCAGAAUGUCUGCAUGUCUCGCUCUUGAGAGAGUAUCAGUUGGAGGAGGGCUUCCUAUUGAAUCACUCUUCUAUCGGGCUGUUCUUCAUGUUAUUUUACAGGAUCACUAUGACGCCCAUAAAAGUGAGAAGCGUGUUGGGAAUGUUUAUUCCAAAGCGUCGUCAUUUGUGGACUAUGUGAGGAGAGCUCUCAGGAAACUAGAAUUGGACGAAUCAAAGCUCUCAGACAGUGUGAUUCAGAGCUACCAUGACCUGUACACCUCUAGGAAGAAGGAGAUGGUGGCCUUCAAUAUGUUAAAGGUGACUUUGGCUCCCUGUAUUGAAGGUCUUAUCCUGCUGGACCGUCUGUGCUACUUGAAGGAACGGGAGAAUGUGGCCUACUCCACUCUGGUGCAGCUCUUCGACCCACUCCUGUCCCCUAGAUGUUACGCUAUUGUCGGAAUAAAGGGUCCUGGUAUUUUAUAAAACCCAAACAUGUUUUAAGUCAAGUCUGUUUUUUUUAAUUGUAGUCCUAUUAUUGUUUUAAUUAAACUUACAAAUUUUAUAUUUUCAUUGUAGGUUCAUGUCUUAAUUGUCAAUUUUCCAUUAUAAACAUUGUCACACUUAUGGCUCGGCUCUAUAUAUUAUCAAAUUAUAAUGAUUAAGCAAGUUCUGGUUUAAUUUUUUGUGAUAUUAUUCAUUCUAACUUAACCCAGAACAUGUGUCAGAAUGAAUUUAGACUUAGACAGGGUUAGACACUAAUUCACCAGGGUGAAUGAAAGGAAACCGGAUAUGGCCAUGUUUACACAGGCAUGCGAAUUUUCCCAAAGCAGUUUUCACAUAUGUGAAAUAUUAAUCCAUAUCAGAUCACAGGCAUACAUAUCUAAUCUUUUCUUUGAAAUCUAAUCCAAAAAGAUCUUUUGUGUUCCUGUUUGAAUCACAUUUACUCAGUGUAUAGAUACAUACAAGCCAAAAGUGCUUAUGAAUACAAAACUCAUCUGCUCAAGAAAAAAAUAUUAUUGGAGCCUUCCUCUAAUUACCUGCAUGUUUUUUUGUUUUUCCCCCUUUUUUUACAUUUACUUAGAACAUUUACUGAUUUGGGUCUUUACUGGUGUUAGUAUUGGCAGCAAUAAGUUAAUCUGUGUAUUAAAAGUAGCUAAAGGGUUUUAAUAAAACACAAUGGUGUGCAGUUAUGGCAAAAUAA